AUGAUCCGACAAUUAUUUACCGCCGCCUCCCCGGCGCGCAUCGUGUGUCCGAUCUCGACCGCAACCCUCAAAGCCCAAGUCGCCAGACAACCAACAUGGCGUCUCGCUAACACCUCACCACUCUCCCUCCGCACGACCCGCUCCUUCUCCAGCACCCUCCCAGCGCCCUUCACAUCGACCGCGCUCCAAUACUCCUCGCCCUUCCGCCUUUCCUCCGACAAGCAUGAGUCCUCCCACUCGCCCAAUCCCAAUGACGAGUACUACAGCCCUUACAAACCGAAGCGUCAAUGGCCGCCGGACAUGUCGAAGCUCUCGCCGAAGCAUCAGUUCCGGCUGGAACGCAAGUACCGCCGACGCGCGGCGCUAAAGUACGCCCGGCCGAAGUUCAUUAAAGCUGUUACCCUGGCGCAAUGGAUGAUCAUUGGAUUUGUCGUGAUCUAUGCAGUUCUCUUCAUGCAGUGGGAUACCAAGGAUACACCAUUUGACGGCAUCCGAGAGAGCGUCUUUGCCGGAGUCAAGGCUGUGUUCUCCAGCCCGCCGUCUCCUGGCCCGGUGAAAAGAGCAGGCGAGAAUACUGGGAGCGAAUCUCAGAACUAG